CCAAGAGGCUGUAUUGGCCCCUACAUGUUGCUGUUAAUAAUGUGGGUUGAACAUAUCCUGCCCGAGUGCUUUUCAUACAGAGUUAUAUUGAAAAAGUAUAGUUUGCACACAUAUUGUGUUGUCAGGUGCAUGGAGAAAGAACACAGUAAAGGACAGUAUUCAUAAAAAGGAAAUAACUCCAGCACACUGGUGAUCUAGAAUACUCCACAAACAACUGAAUGAAUCUCUCACCAGCUCUGAUGUUCUUGGUAAGAUUGUCUUUUUGAACGGGUACUAGGUUCUGGGAUAGUAUGAUAUGCAUUAUAGAGAUUAUUAUAGGUCUCAAAUGUAAUCACAAAAGGAAUGCAUUUCCAUGAGACAAUAUGUGUUGGUAUUGUGUAGUUGUUAACUGUAGAAUGAUAACGCCAGCGGUCCAAAGGAAAUCCCUGUUCAAAACUAGUGCAGUAGCACUCCCAUGUGGUCACAGAUAAAAACACUGAUCUGUACUGGCGGGCUGCAUUGUAACCAUUUGCAAUUGCAACAGUUACCAUCAGACAUUUUUCAAUAGGCCAUGUGUGUUCAUCGGGGAUUACCCCAUUCGCUCUAAUCCAGUUUAGAUUUAAACGAUAUUAUAUGCGUAGUGGUUUUCAAACCAGUGAUUUCUCCAAACACGUGGAACGCUUCUGCGAGAGAAAAGACGUCGUCACUAUUUUCCCCGCCCGUCAACGCUUCUGUCCAAUGUAUACACUGCUCCAGUUCUGGGACAUAUGACGCCGCGCAGUACACACGUAGUGAUAAUAGCCAUUGGUGUUCAGUAAAAAUGGCUACCGCUUUUUCUGAAUUGCAAACUCCCGCAUUGAGCGAGGAAACCAGCGAAACGAUUGCAGAAAAGACCGAGGAGGAAAAGCAACUGGACCCAGAUACAGAUGAGCCGGGUGCUAGCAGCGUAGACGCACCGCUGAAAAUGGAAGUAGGGGUAGCGGAAUGCGGGCAAGACCGAGAAGAAGGGGACGUGAAACCUGCUGCAGAGGCAGAUGAGGCAGCUGCGGAAGCCGUGGCGGUGACAGGGGCAACAACAGUUGCGGCAGCAACAGGGGUCGCAGAUGAUGAAGAAGAGAAGGAGGUGGGGUCCGAACUUGCUAAAACAGAUGACGAUAGCUCGGACCAGGAGCAGCAGAGUAGCCCAGUGGACGGUGGUGAGACUAGUGAGACAGUUGUUGACGAUACGGUGAAGGAAAUAGAAAGAAAACAACAACAACAGCGAGAGGAGAGCCAGUCGCCUGUUACAGUGAGUGACUGUGUGGUAGAAAUCCAAGUCCGUGAUGAUGCUCCGGAGCCAGCGGAGGAGAAAACAAGCACCGGAGGUGGAGACCGCGGGGAGCUUGCGGUGGGAGACAAGUGGAGGGCCAGCGUAGAGAUGUCAUCUUCGGACGGAGAGCCACUCAGCCGGAUGGAUUCGGAGGACAGUAUCAGCAGUACCCUGAUGGACAUGGAGAGCACGGUAUCCAGCGGGCGCUCCACCCCUGCCAUGAUGAACGGGCAGGGCAGUGCCACCCAGUGCCACUCCAGUACCAAGGGCCAGGCGGUGGGGAACACCUGCUGCUGGGAACAGUGUGGCCUCUGCUUCACCUGCAGCCCAGACCUGGCUGAACACAUCAGGGGCCUGCAUGUCGACGGACAGAGAGGAGGGGUGUUUGUGUGUCUGUGGAAGGGAUGUAAGGUGUACAACACUCCAUCUACCAGUCAGAGCUGGCUCCAGAGACACAUGCUGACACACAGCGGAGACAAACCCUUCAAGUGUGUGGUGGGGGGCUGCAAUGCCAGCUUUGCGUCGCAGGGGGGGCUAGCGCGCCACGUGCCCACCCACUUCAGUCAGCAGAGCUCCUCUAAGCUGUCCAGUCAGUCUAGACUCAAGGAAGACUCUCCCUCUAAAGCUGGGCUUAAUAAGAGGAAGAAACGAACGCAGAUGAACAAAAGCAGGCGCUCGCUACUGUCUCCUCUUCCACCAGCGAGACCUCAUGAUUUCUUUGACGCCCAGACCAUGGACGCCAUCAGACACCGGGCCAUCUGCCUCAACUUGGCCACACACAUGGAGAGCACCGGCAACGGACACAGUGUGGUGUUUCAUAGCACGGUGAUGGCCAGGAGAAAAGAGGGCUCUGGGAAGGUCAAGGUGCUGCUCCACUGGACUCCUGAGGACAUCCUGCCUGAUGUGUGGGUGAACGAGACGGAGCGUUCUCAGCUGAACACUAAAGUGGUGCACUUAUCCCAGCUACCGCAGGACAGUGCCAUGCUGCUAGACCCCAACAUCUACAGAGCGUUACCACAGAAGCGGCUGAAGCGGAGUCUGUAAGGAUUCCUCUGUAGCUGUAGGGUUAGGAUUCCUCUGUAGCUGUAGGGUUAGGAUUCCUCUGUAGCUGUAGGGUUAGGAU